AUGUUUACAGCUCAGAAGAAGAGGAGAAGCCUGUUGAAUCCAAAACUCCAAGAGUCUGACAGGAUCCACCGGGUUUGGUGGAUAAAUGGCAUCUUCCGACCUAAAACUGUUGAAGAGAUUGAGUUUAAGUGCAACGUUGAUUGUUUGCUCACGGCCACUCUCAUUCUCACGGUGACCACGGCCACUCUCAUUCUCACGGUGACCACGGCCACUCACUCUCACGGUGACCACGGCCACUCACAUUCUCACGGCGACCACGGCCACUCUCACUCGCAUGGCGACCACGGCCACUCUCACUCGCAUGGCGACCACGGCCACUCUCACUCACAUGGUGGACAUGGUCAUUCCCUCCAUGAAGGUGCCAGCAAAUGGCAUGCUAGUGCUAAUAUGCAUUUGCAAGAUGAGGCUGUAGAACAUGGCCACUCACAUGUCAGCAAUGCACAAAAAGUACAAGCUGAUGCUCCUAAAGGAAGAGAGAAGACUGACCCUGUAGAACUCUGGACUCAGGCCAUUGGUGCUACCCUCUUAAUAAGUGCUGCACCAUUCCUCAUCCUAUUUCUCAUCCCAGUUGAGUCUAAUACUUCUAAGCACCAGAGCUUGCUGAAAGUGUUGCUGAGUUUUGCCUCGGGCGGCCUACUUGGGGAUGCAUUUUUGCAUUUGAUCCCCCAUGCACUGGAGCCACAUAGUCAUCACGACAAAGAAGGACAUGGGCACUCGCAUCAGGCAUCUCACGGACAUGGGCACUCGCAUUCAGGUGGAGAUCACAGCCACCUCAUGUCAGUGGGGCUAUGGGUACUUGCUGGAAUCAUGGUUUUUCUGGUAGUAGAGAAGUUUGUUCGUCAUAUAAAGGGUGGUCAUUCACAUGGUCAUGGACAUUCACAUGGUAAAGGUAACAAAGCAAAAGACAGCUCAGAAGAAGAAGAAGAAAAAAAAGAGAGUGGUAUUCAAUCCAAAACUGAUAAAAAUAUAAAGAAGAAAGAGAGCACACCAUGCCAGAAAAAAGAUGAAAAAACUAAUGACAUAAAAGUAUCUGGCUAUUUGAACCUGGCAGCUGACUUCACUCACAACUUUACUGAUGGGUUAGCUAUUGGAGCCUCUUUCUUAGUGAGCCCCAGCGUUGGUCUAGUAACCACAGUGACAAUAUUGUUACAUGAAGUUCCUCAUGAAAUCGGAGAUUUUGCUAUCUUGGUGCAGUCAGGAUGUAGCAAGAAGAAGGCAAUGUCAUUACAGCUUUUAACUGCUGUGGGUGCUAUGGCAGGGACCUGCUGCUCCCUUUUGGCUGAGGGAAUUGGUGAGGCUGCCACUGCUUGGAUCCUGCCCUUCACCGCUGGUGGUUUUAUCUAUAUUGCUACAGUAUCUGUCAUCCCGGAGUUGCUGCAUGACUCUAAACCAGUGCAAUCUUUGUUGGAAAUUCUGGCCAUGGUCUUUGGAGUAGUCAUGAUGAUUCUAAUUGCAGAGUAUGAGUGAAUUUCUGAAGAGAACCUCAGAUCAUUGUCAUAACAUACUGGUGGUGGUACAGCUUCAAAAAUGGAGGGGGUGGGGGUGAAGAAGCCUGUUCUAGUUAUUCUUGACUGCAUUUUGUGAAAUAAAAUCUGUGUAGUUUGGAAUCUUCAUCAUCCUUCUACACGUAAGAUAAGAACAAAAAAUUAUUUGCCCUCUGCAUUAAAAGGUGAUAAUGGAACAGCUAAAAGUUUUAAAUUUUUUUUUUUUUUGGUUAAGGCACUAUAAUGACUUGUUUAGGGGACUUCUUUCUUUAACCAACUGACAUCUUUUCUGAUGACAGAUUAUAUAAGCACACAAUGGCUUAAUGUAACAAGGACACAACUAUGUACGUUAAUGGAUGAGAGAGAGGGGCAAACACAUAUGUUGCCAUUUCUGUUUUUCCCUUUAGUAAAGCAGUAUCUUUUAGACCUUGCAGCAGCUACAGUUUAACCCUAAGUAUUUGGACCGUGUAUAAAAAUGACUAAUUCGUAAACGGCUCAUAUGAUAUUUUUGGUAAACCCUUGAAUUAAAAGUAAAUGUCUACACUUCAAUCACAUAAUGAUUUCUUUAUUUCAAAUCCAUUCUGGUGGUGUGCAGAACAAAUAGUAUGAAAAUUAUGUCACUGUCCAAAUACUUAAGGACCUGACUGUAUCUCCUACCCAAUGCAAUAUGAAAACAGCCGGAUAAGCACACCCAAACACUACUGUCUUUUUCUUUUUAACUUUUACUGAUGUCAUGCUUAAUGGGACAUUAAAAGGGCUGAGUUGUCAAAUUGGUUCUCAUUUUUUUUUUCUUCCUGUAAAGCAUAGUUAAAAGAACUGCUUUUAACAUAUUACAAAACUUUUACUGUUCCUCUUUGCUGGAUGCCUGCCUCUGGUGACUAAGGAUAUGCUUCCUGUUGUUUUUUUUUGUUUUUUUUUUAAAUAAGUAGAACACAGCAAAUAUAAUUAAUUGAAUGAGAUGAUAACUCAGUAGUAAUAGAGAAAGAAGGUGAAGCUGAAUUAAGAUGAGUUGCAAUUUAACCUCGCAGUAUAUCAUGUGGCUGGGUUUUUUGCAUUGCUUUGUGGCAACUGUGAUUGUUUACAUCAAUACUGCAAUCCCAUGUAACAUUUUAAUUAAAACAUUUUUUUGGAAAAGUGUCUGCAUCCUUUAGUUGUUAGCCUUUUCAGUUGUGGUUGUAACUUAUUUCAGAUUAGGAAUAAAUGGAAAGUACUAUAUGAUUUUAUAUUAUAUAUAAACUUGCAUAUGUUGUGCAUCUUUCUACUUUUAUAAACAAAUUCAUGAAGGUUAAAAUUCAGAACUACUUUUUGAUACUUUAUGUAGAUGCAAUUCAAGAUAGUUUGUGGUUAAAAUAGUUGAUUGAUUCUGUUUCUGCUUAAGGAGUUACAGUAGUAACAUAGUAAUUUGAUCUCUUGCAAAGGACACAUGCUUUUCUGAUUUGUUCAUUGAAUACAUGUUUUUUUUGAUAAAGGUACAUGUUCGGUUGUUCAUCUUAAUUGGAUUUUUGUUCAGUGUUCUAAACAACACAACACAUUCACACAAGAAAGGGUCACCUAUGAAUAUUUUUACAAUAUUUUUCAUAUCAUUGGAUUAAAAUCGAAAUCAAAAAACUAAAUUAUAAUAGCAAAUCUAAUACUUCCCAAUGUACAUAAUUAACCAAAAUAUUAAAAGUAAUGAUCAAGCUAAUUCAGCAAAUUUGUUUUUUGGUUUACCAUGAAUGGUGAAACAUUCUUUUUGUUUUAGGAUAAAGAAUAUUAUGCAUAAAGACAUCUGCUAAAUACAAAAAAAAAAAAAAGUAGGUGGGUAGCCUUUAAAAAGAAUGAUAGGCACACUGAGGAAUUGUGCAUAGACAUUCUGUACAAAUGUCAUCCGUCGUUUAUAGGAAAAACCAAGAGGAGAGUCCUCUAAUUUGAUGCAUUAUUAUUCAAAUUCACUUCUCUUAGAAAGAUUUAUAAAAUGCACUAAGAGCAUCCCUGUUUUGCUUUAAGUGAAUCCUUAAAGUGACCAAAUAUAAAUACAAAAAACAUUUAAAUGUAAUGUGUUGAACAUGAUUAUUGAUCUCAGGCUAGUUUGUUUUUCACUGCUGAUUUAAAAUAAUUUAGGUAAUCAACCACAUCAAUAGAAUAGUUUAAAUAGUAAUUGUGCUAAAAUUAAAAAUAUUGCAAAAGUACAGAAUAGCUGCUUAACAGACAGUGUCAAUGCUGAGUGAUAAUUCUUGACCAUGAAUUUGAAAUUUUAAAAGCAUUAACCUGAACACUGAUUUUUAGUGCAUAUAUUGGACAGUGUGUAUUGAUGAAAUGGUAGGCAUAAUUAUCUAAACACUUGCAAACCAGCUUGCCUUCAUUCUAAAAUUAAAGAGAGAGAUUUGUUCACUCACAUGCUCUACCUGUUUGCCACCUUCUUUAUAAGUUGCACAUCACAAUUUGCAUAUGUUAGCUUGUUACACUUGUCUCACUUGUUUAUAUCUUCAGUAAGUAAUUAUCCUUUUAAAUGCAGCCUCAGUAAAACAAAAAUCCUUAAUUGUAUUUAUUACCAUAUUUAGAUUACAUUCCCUGAUAAAAUAAUUUGUCAUCUCCUGUAUAUCUUAUUAUUCAAUUUAAUAAGUUCUUGUGGAUUUUGGAAAGGUGCACUAUAAAUAAAACUAGUACUGUA